AACAAAACAAACCAAAAAGUGCAAUCCAUCCUCACAGCUCUGGAGGUCUGCAGCCCAGCGCGGGAUCCCGGCUGUCAGUCACCGUGGGGAUAUAUUUUUUUGCGCAGGCGAGAGACUUCUGGAUGCUGGGGCUGUGGGAUCUACCCCCGUCACCGCAUCCCAGGGGCCGGUCAGAAGGAAGCCGCGCUGUGAUGCUGGCCCCACCACACUGCAAAAAAAAAAUCAGAUUUAAUGGAGGUCGACCUGAGAGCAGCUCGGUGCAUACGAAACCAGACGGGGAGGGGUUGCUGGGGAGGCCCCGGGCUUCCAUUGGCUGCAAGCGUCUGCCGUGGUGCGGGGGUAUCUCUAAUCAUAUUCAGCAUGUUUUGCACAAGAAAUGUCAGCCAGAAAGGGCUAUCUGCUCCCUUCGCCAAAUUAUUCCACAACAAUGUCAUGCUCCGAGAGCCCGGCUGCAAACUCUUUUUUGGUAGACUCCUUGAUCAGCUCGGGCAGAGGAGAAGCGGCGGGAGCGGGAGGCGGAGGAGGAGGAGGAGGAGGCGGCUACUACCCCAACAGUGGUAUCUACCUGCCACAAGCGUCCGAUCUGUCCUACGGGCUGCAAAGCUGCGGACUUUUCCCCGUUUUGGGCAAACGCAAUGAAGGUACUUCUCCAAGCAUGGUCCCCGGCUCGCACCCCUACGUGUCAGGGAUGGAAGUGUGGCUAGACCCCCCCCGGUCCUGUCGCAUGGAAGAGCCGGAGAGCCAGCAGGCCACCUCGUGCUCCUUCGCUCCAAGCAUUAAGGAGGAGAGCUCCUACUGCCUCUAUGACUCAGAGAAAUGCCCCAAAGGCUCGGCCUCCACAGACCUCGCUCCCUUCCCGCGUCUGAGCGGCGAGGCCAGCCCGGCCGGCGGCGGCGGCGGCGGUGGCGGGGUCCCGGUCCCGGGCUACUUCCGCCUCUCCCAGGCUUAUGGCACCUCCAAGAACUACGGCGCAGGGUCGGCCGGGGCUGCCCCCUUCCCUCCGCAGCCCCCCGGCCGUUUCCAGACGCCUCCAUCUUUGCCUCCCGUCCCGGACGGCGGGAGGAAGGAGGACGAGGAGCGCUCCCCCAGCCCCUUGGCGUGUGUCUCCCAGAGGGAGGACGAGACUCAGGCUUCAUCUUCCACCGCAGAGGAGCUCUCUCCGGCUCCGUCGGAGAGCAGCAAAGCCUCUCCCGAGAAAGACCCCGUAGGCAAUUCAAAAGGAGAAAAUGCAGCAAACUGGCUCACGGCAAAAAGUGGCAGAAAGAAACGGUGCCCUUAUACCAAGCAUCAAACUCUCGAGCUGGAAAAGGAGUUUCUGUUCAAUAUGUACCUGACUCGUGAGCGUCGCCUAGAGAUCAGCCGCACAGUCCACCUCACAGACAGACAAGUCAAAAUCUGGUUUCAGAACCGCAGAAUGAAACUGAAGAAAAUGAACAGAGAGAAUAGGAUUCGGGAGCUCACAGCCAACUUUAAUUUCUCUUGAUGAACCUAUAAACACAUCUUUAUGGUUUAAAGAGCCAGUAUCAUUUUCCUAGGCUGUAGUCAUCCGCACCUGUAUGGAUUAACGAUUUUUUUUUUUUUUUUAGGCGUUCUCAAUAUGUCCUUAACCUCUUAAGAGCCGCUUUGGGGUGGGGGGUGGAGGGGCGGACUAAAGCCACGCUAAUGCACAAAAUGCCGUGCGUGAACCUUCCCGCUUCUUUCAGCCUUCCCCGGGGCCGGUUUAUUCCUUUAAGCUUUGAAACACAGAAAUACCAUUUCAGGAGCUGCAAAUAUCUUUCCCCUCAUAUCUCUCUCUGAAAAGUAAACAAGCUCGGUUAAAGACGCAUUCUUCUAAAUUAUAAGCGGUGUAACUUGGACUGUACAUAGCUGCAGAAUGAAGAAUUUAAGCCUCGCCAUAUUUCUAUAUAUUGGGAGCUUUCCCCCCCCUCCGUUUUCCUUUUCUCCCCCCUCCCCCCUUUUUCCUUCGAAAAGCAGGAUUUACAAUAAUGAAAUGCAGGCAUCCUUUAAAAGGGCUUCAUGGGAACGGGUGUUAAGAGCGAUUUUUUUUUUCUGCUUUACCUUAAAAGUCAAUAUUACAGCUUUAAAAUUGGCCAGGAAAAUGAAUUCUCUUCUCUUUAAAGGUAUAAAACAGUUCGUGUUGCUCAUGGACUAAAUUAUGACACUUACCUCUGAAUUUCUCUCGCUCUUUAUGGUUGUAGAUAUUUACUUAAUGUAGUUUUGCUUAAAUAUGUGGAAUUAGUGAUUUUUUUUUUUCUAUAAAUAACGUUACCGUUGGUAACGCAUGACAAGCACACAUAAAUUCCCCCUUGAGAAGAAAGUAGUCACUUUUUCCUCACUAAUUUCACUGAAAAUAAUAUAUCCUGAACAUCAGAAGGACUUUCUGAGCCAGAGUCUGAGAUUGCGAGGGAGAAUAUGUUCGUCUUCCUUUAUACUGUGAAGUUACAUGCAUUAAAGGGUCAAACAUAUAGGUGAAAAAAAUUUAAAAAGAGAAAAAAAAAGGGGAAAAACUAUAAAUACAGAUAUGUAUAAAUGUCUAUUAUUAUUAAAAUGCCGGUACUGUUUUAAGCAAAUGCAUUCUAUCGUUAUUAUAAAUGUUAGUUCUAGCUAUAUCUAGUUCUUACCUUAAAUCGGAAUAAAUUAAUAUUGUAAUGCUGCUGUGCGUGAAAAAGACGAUGUUUAUGUUCUCAUAGAAGAAUAAAAAACCGUGGAAUGAAUCCUUUUAA